CGGAAGAGGCGGAGCCUGAGCCAAGCGGUGACGCACAGAUUUCUCCCACUCUGUGCUGUUGUCGCUGGCGAGGCGGGGCCUGAAGCGGUUGGCGGCGGCGGAUUUGAAAAUGGAAAGCGGGGCUGAGGCGGAGCUGGGCGGUGCGCGGGCCCGCGGGGGCGCGGAGGAGGAGGCGGGGGCGCGGAGUCCCCCUGGCCCGCUGUCCCCCGCGCUGCUGGCGGAGGGGGAGGCUGGAGCCGCGGGCUGGAUGCUGGAUUUCACUUGCUACGCGCUGUGCCGGCACUUCCGGGAGGGGCGUACGCGGGACUUCGAGCGGAGCCGGGACACGGCGCAGGCUCUUAUUAAUGGACUGUCCAAAAUAGCUACUCAUCAGAUUAAAAAAGUGUACCUGUGUCAGUUUUUGACACGAAUUGCAGAAGGAAGAACACUUGGUCGUCGCUUUGAGAGUGAUCAAAAAAUUUCACCCUUGGAAUCUGCUCUGUCAAUUUGGAAAUUACUUGAAGAGCAAAGCAAACCAAAUAACCUGCAUGAAGAGAUUCAUCGCUUAAUUCAGAUUCAGGCUAUAGCUGUCCACAUAGAGAAAGGAUACUUUAAGGAAGCUACAGAAGUCCUGGAAAGACUGUUUAUAGAAUCCGAAUCAAAUAAGUCUUUAAGAAUGAAACUGGCCUUAAUAAUUAAUGAGAAAGAUCCAUAUCUGCCUUUCCUCCAGACCUUCAGUUAUAAUCUCUUGAUCGAUAAAAUCAAGUCUUACAUUGAUAUUUUUUUGAAAGAAAACGCAACAGAUUUUCUAUUCAAGGCAGCCACAGAAGAGGUGGAGACUAAAAGAUUGGAAACAAUGUCACACAAUAAACCUGGAAAUAUUAUUGAAACAAAUAAUGAAAGUAAUUUGGAAACAGAACAAAGUAAUCUAGAAAAUCAGAGAAAUAUUGUGAAUGAAUGCUCAGAGAAUGGGAGAGAACAUUUAAACAGGUCAAGAUAUCAGCUUCAUUCCUUAGCACAGCACACCCUCUGGAGGCUAGAAGAAGUGCCUUCUGAUGGGAUGAUAAACCACAGAAAAACCAGUGCUCUUCAAAGUCUCAAUGGUUUGCAGAACACUGAAAAUGGUAGAAGAUUUCUGUCUCGUAGACAAACUGGCCGGAAGAAGCAGCGAUGGACUUGGGAAGAAGACAAGAAACUGAAGGAUGGGGUAAAGAAGUUUGGAGUGGGAAAUUGGAAUAAAAUUCUAAUUCAUUAUGACUUCAACAACCGAACCAGUGUCAUGUUAAAAGACAGAUGGAGAACUAUGAUCAAGCAAGAGAUUGUUUGCUUGGACAGUGAGAACUAAGUUUGAUUCUUGCCCCAUUUUUCCCAUGUUUGAACAUGUUUCAUGUGUGGACAUCUAGCUUUUCCCAAUAACUUUGGUUGUAAAGUGACAGUUUGUGUUGCUAUAACUUCCUAUGUGAGUUUAAUACAGUAAUGUAAAACUAAUGUUGAGCUCUCUGUGAAUCUAAGUACUAGGAAAAGUAAUGUGGUGAUGUAAUCUUAACUUUUUUCCUUUAGAAUGUUUUACUCUUGCAGAGCAAAAGGUACUGUAGCUUGUUCUGAUUGGGCAAAGUUAAGUCUCAAAACUAGUAUCCUGAAAAUGGAACCAGAAAUAUAAGGUAUAAAUCAUCUAUAUAACCUCUCUUGCUUGAUGACAGGAGAGAUGUCAUUUAUCUGUGUUAGGUGAAUGUGCUCACUUAUGAAAUGUAAAUGUUUUACUUAAUUUGUAAUAUUUUGUUAAAUUAAAGAUGUAAAUAGAAUGUAAAACCAUAAGUUGUAUUUGUAGCCUUAUAAAGAUAUGAUGCAUAUCUAAAGCAAUUAGUGAUAGCUGUACCGUAAAGGCUUGCUUCUGCAAUUACUGUUGGUUUGUGUCAUCAAAGAGAGCCAGAUUAAGGUAGGUCAUGCAGUAUCAAUGCGAUGUUUUUGAUCUCUGUCCAGCAUUUCAUUCCUGAGAUCUUGGUCAUAAGUGGCAGCUAUACUUAUUUAUCUGCAGGUAUGACUGCUCAAAAAAUCUUGUCUUGCUAAUUUAAGAUAAUGCUUUCCAAAUUGUCUGAAAGAGGUGUUUUUUGUAGAAAUACUUGCAUUUAUAAAGAAGUUUUUUU